GUCUGGAUUCCAAACCAAAACCUCUUGACAGUUUCACAUUUUAGACACAUGUGUUUGCGUUUGGGAGGCAACAUUUGAGAUAAAUGAUGAGUGAGGAGAACUCGGAGCUGUCUGCGUUGAGAUCGUUGAUUUGUUAUUGACUUGAACGUCUGGAGAGCAGAACUUCCAUGCAGGAGGACACUCGCAUGCACAACUUCGCCUGAAGGGCACCAGCAGACGCCAAAUCCUGCAAGUCAAACUUCUUUUUGUCCUCUUAAGUUUAGAUUCUAGAACCAUGUGUGCAUUGAGUGGCUGGAGAGAAGGGUGCAGCAAAGUUCUGGUGCGGUUCUAAAUAGGAGAAAUCUGGGGGACAGGCGGCAUCUUUAAGGAUGACUUUAGGGACGGAUAUGUCCGACAGCUCUGCAUUGUCCGAUGAUGUGGACAUUGACGUGGUUGGGGGGGACAUGUCCGUCGGGAAGGACGGGAAGUACAUCCACCACGAAUUCAACUUGGACUCCGAUGACAAUUAUUCCCAAAACGCCGUGGAAGGGGCGUCUUCACCCGGACUCAACAGCUCCGAGUGUCCGGCAGAGCAGAUGGGUCUCACCGCGGAGCCUGGCAGCGUCAUGGUGGGAGACAAAGCGAGAAAAAGUGCACUGGUCAAACCUCCUUACUCCUACAUCGCCCUCAUCACCAUGGCCAUCCUGCAGAGCCCCAAGAAGCGGCUCACUCUCAGCGAGAUCUGCGAGUUCAUCAGCAACAGGUUCCCCUACUACCGGGAGAAGUUCCCCGCCUGGCAGAACUCCAUCCGACACAAUCUCUCCCUCAAUGACUGCUUCGUGAAAAUCCCACGGGAGCCCGGUAACCCCGGCAAGGGCAACUAUUGGACACUAGACCCCGAUUCCGCAGACAUGUUCGAUAACGGGAGCUUCUUGCGCAGAAGGAAGCGCUUCAAGAGGAACCAGAGUAACGAAAUUCUCCGGGACGCUGGAGGCUUCCUCCCCGGGUUUGGAUACAACCCGUACGGAUACAGCUACGGACUUCAGCUGCAGAACUUCCACGCCGCCGCCGCCGCUGCACACAACCCGUACCACCCCCACCACACGAGUGGGUCCUUCCCCUUCCCCAACGUACCGUGCACCUUGCCCUCGCCCAUCUUCCCAGCGCCCCCUCCUCCUUUACCCGAUUUAAGGAAGCCCUUUUACCCGCCACUAAGUCCGUCCAUGCCGCCUUUGAAGACGGACUCCAGCACGCCGAGUCGGCCUUCCUUCUCCAUCGAUAACAUCAUCGGAGCGGCCAACUCCACCGGCUCGUCCUACAGCGCUCAGCCGGGCGGCCAAGCGCACAUCCUGGCUAUGAUCAGCCCGGCGCUGGCCUCCGCUUCCAACCACUUGAGCCUGUCACAAGACUUACUACAACCUGGACCCCACGGUCAGACAUUUCCCAGCAAAAACCUGAACACUUGUCCCUUCUAAAAAAAAAGUCAAUAAAAAAGAACUGAAUUGGACUGAAAUAUUUUUAUUAAAAUUAUGGUGUCGUCCAAUGUGAAGGUAGGCUGGACAUUGUUGGUUUAAAAAGUCUUGUGUUUUGCUCUCUUUGUUUCAUACCAUAUGAGAGUUUAUUUAUGUUUUGUAAAUAUGUGAAAGAAUAAUGAUACAUGCCUUCAUUAGUGUUGUAAAGGAAAAUAACACCAUGUUUUAAACUAAGUUAAAUGAAUAGAUAAGGAGGCGGGUUGAAACAAUUUAAUGUAAUUGACAUGUGUUGUUUUUCAUUUAGCUGGCACAUGACACAGAAAACUCAGGUUUUUAAUCUUAGAAAAGCACACGCAGGAUGUUUGUUUAAAAAAUAUAUACAUAUUCAACUCCUUCUCCAACCUGCACCACAUCAAAUCUCCUGUACAUUGUGACAUGAUAAAGAGAGAAAAGACGCAUUAUACCUCUUUUCAAAACGUGUUUACCGUGCAGUUUUAUAUGUCAUGUGUUGCCAAUAGACACCUAAGUGUUCAUUAUAGGUCAUUUUUGGUUGUAAUGAUAAGAAUAAUAAAUGU